CCCUCCUUCCCCCGCCCCGCUGUCUUGCAGGGAAUUACCGGACGCAGUUGUGGGACAAGCAGUCCGAGUCCUUCCUGCCCUCCACGCCGGGGCUGGGCAUGUUCGUGGAGGUCAAGGACCCCGACGGGAAGGUGGUUCUCUCCCGGCAGUACGGCUCUGAGGGCCGCUUCACGUUCACCUCCCACAGGCCUGGCGAGCACCAGAUCUGCCUCCACUCCAACUCCACCCGCAUGGCGCUCUUUGCUGGGGGCAAACUGCGAGUGCACCUAGAUAUCCAGGUUGGGGAACACGCCAAUAAUUACCCAGAGAUCGCUGCCAAGGACAAGCUGACAGAGCUGCAGUUAAGAGCCAGGCAGCUUCUGGACCAGGUGGAGCAAAUUCAGAAGGAGCAGAAUUACCAAAGGUACCGAGAGGAGAGAUUCCGCAUGACAAGUGAGAGCACCAACCAGCGGGUGUUAUGGUGGUCCAUUGCUCAGACUGUCAUCCUCAUUCUUACUGGCAUUUGGCAGAUGAGACACCUCAAGAGUUUCUUUGAAGCCAAAAAAUUGGUUUAGUCUCUUGGAUGACACAGACACUUACCAUGACUCAAGGGUUUACUGUUUUGCGCAUCCUAGACUCGCAGAAAACUGUGAAGGAGAUCCAACAUAGAACAUCCAUGGUUCAGCACCCAAAGCCUCCCUCUCCAAAGCCACUCGCCUCAAAAACGUUUCUGGUGCCGCCAUUCUCCCCCCCCCACUGUGUUACAACAGAAAAAGCCAGGGCUGUUGGGGGUUGAGGAAGGGAAGUCUCACCCCCACCCCCGGUCAUUCCAAGAAGGAAACAUUGCUUUCAGGAGAUAUGGAAGUCUUUCUCUUGCUCUACUGUAGUGUUCUGAUUUUACAAAGUUUUCUUUUUGUAGCUGACACCAGUGCAUUUGUUGCCUUGCAAAAAUUGUUCGUAACAACAGAAGGCAGUGGAAAGUCAAGGGGAAGCCUUAACUUAUAACAGAACUCCACCCUUUCCCUUGAAUAGCUGUACAGUUGCACAGAUUGCAUGGGAUAACAACAGAAGUAAAAAUCAAAGUUUUAUUCUGAAAAAAUCAGGACCUUGUUUUUGCCAGCACUUGGCACCCCUCCCCAGUUGCCUGUACAGAGUAGUGGACCUCUCCCUUUUUUGGCAGUCAACGUUUUCAGAAUUCACAUCCAGAGCCCCUUGAUCUGCAUUGAGAAUUACAGGCGAAAGAGAUGGCAGGUGUUCCCGCAAGAGCCUGGAGGGAGGCUUGCAGGUAACACCUGUGUCCCUUGGAGCUCAGGAAGAGAGGCCUGCCUGUGGCCAACUCCACGCCUGUUAUUUUGGGUUCCAGCCAAGCUGGGACUUGGAAUAAUGAGAAAUAGAAAUGGGAAAUGCGGCUUUCUUUGGAGCAGAAAGAAUUUUUCCUUCCCUGCAUGGUAGGGUAAAUUUUUGACAUUGUUUCUUGUUGCAGUUUUGGAGUGAAAUAAAAGUUUUUCUGCAAA